UGUGUGUGUGUGUGUGUGUGUGUGUUCCUCUGCCCGGUUUCAGCAGCAGCGCGGUGUGUCAGUGCGCGUGCUGCCCCGAUCGGCAAAAGGAGCCGCGCGCGAGCUGAGGCACAUCAAAUGAGCCGAGAGGGAGCUUCCGGCGGGGCUCCUCACCGCGCGCGCUCCUCCUGUGCGUGACCAAAGGAAGAAGAAGAGGAAAAAGAAGAAGAAGAAGAAGAAGAAGAAGAAGAAGAAGAAAAACAAAGAGAAGAAAGUGAUCAUCACACACCAGGUCCAAGCCGUCAUGGAGGACAAGACGAGCUCGAGGGAUGAGAGAGGGGACGCGGGGAAUUCAGUGCAGAGGCGAGACUCAAAGAAAAGCGGUGGAGGAGGUGGAGGGGGAGGAGGUCGUGUGAGUCCCAGUGCGUCCAAAGAGCACGGUAACUCGUUGAGCGCGGGCACGCGGACGGACCGGGACCGGGAGGAGGCUGCGGUGGGGCUGUGCGACGAGAACGAGAGCCGCCAGCAGCACGGCUUCAUGCAGCGGCAGAUCGGCGCGAUGCUGCAGCCCGGAGUGAACAAGUUCUCCCUGCGCAUGUUCGGCAGCCAGAAGGCCGUGGAGAAGGAGCAGGAGCGCGUGCAGACUGCCGGAUACUGGAUCAUCCACCCGUACAGCGACUUCAGGUUCUACUGGGACCUGAUCAUGCUCAUCAUGAUGAUGGGGAACCUGAUCAUUAUCCCCGUGGGAAUAACGUUCUUCUCAGAGCAGACCACAACCACUUGGCUGGUGUUUAACGUGGCCUCGGACACUAUCUUCCUGGUGGACCUGGUGAUGAACUUCCGCACCGGAAUCGUUAAUGAGGAGAGCUCAGAGAUCAUCUUGGACCCCAAGGUGAUUAAGAUGAACUACUUGAAGAGCUGGUUUGUGGUGGAUUUUCUCUCCUCCAUUCCCGUGGAUUAUAUCUUUCUGAUCGUGGAGAAGGGCUUCGACUCAGAGGUGUACAAGACGGCACGGGCGCUGCGCAUCGUCCGCUUCACCAAGAUCCUCAGCCUGCUGCGUCUGCUCCGCCUCUCACGUCUCAUCAGAUACAUCCACCAAUGGGAGGAGAUUUUCCACAUGACGUAUGACCUGGCCAGUGCAGUGGUAAGAAUCUUUAACCUGAUUGGGAUGAUGCUGUUGCUGUGUCACUGGGACGGAUGUCUGCAGUUCCUGGUUCCUCUGCUGCAGGACUUUCCUCCGGAUUGCUGGGUGUCUCUAAACGGUAUGGUUAACGACUCCUGGGGAAAGCAGUACUCGUACGCUCUCUUCAAGGCCAUGAGUCACAUGCUGUGUAUAGGAUACGGAGCCCGAGCGCCGGUCAGCAUGUCUGAUCUGUGGAUCACGAUGCUCAGCAUGAUCGUGGGAGCGACGUGUUACGCCAUGUUCGUGGGUCACGCUACGGCGCUCAUCCAGUCGCUCGACUCCUCACGCAGGCAGUACCAGGAGAAGUAUAAACAAGUGGAGCAGUACAUGUCAUUCCACAAGCUCCCGGCCGACAUGCGGCAGAAGAUCCACGAUUACUACGAGCAUCGCUACCAGGGCAAGAUCUUCGACGAGGACAACAUCCUGAAUGAACUCAAUGACCCUCUGAAAGAGGAGAUCGUCAACUUUAACUGCAGGAAACUGGUCGCCACCAUGCCGCUGUUCGCCAACGCCGAUCCCAACUUUGUGACCGGAAUGCUGAGCAAGCUGAAGUUCGAGGUCUUCCAGCCCAACGAUUACAUCAUCCGCGAGGGCACCGUGGGAAAAAAGAUGUACUUCAUCCAGCAUGGCGUCGCGAGCGUCAUCACCAAGCACAACAAGGACAUGAAGCUGACUGACGGAUCGUAUUUCGGAGAAAUCUGCCUCCUGACGAAAGGCCGCCGCACGGCUAGCGUCCGCUCCGACACGUACUGCCGCCUCUUCUCGCUCUCCGUCGACCAUUUCAACGAAGUGCUGGAGGAAUACCCCAUGAUGCGGCGCGCCUUCGAGACCGUCGCCAUCGACCGCCUGGACCGAAUCGGGAAGAAGAACUCCCUCCUGCUCCAGAAGUUCCAGAAGGACCUGAAUGCUGGCGUGUUCAAUACGCAGGAGAACGAGCUUCUGAAGCAGAUUAUCCGACAGGACCGGGAGAUGGUGAUGAUGGUGGAGAGGAAGCAGUCGGUCACAGGUGCGAAUUCGACGCCCAUGUCCGGAAACUCCAUCAUUAACUCGCCGGCUCAGCCUCCGUUCGCAAACAGUCAGUUCCAGCAGCACCCGCAGUCCUCGCCCAUGACCCCAAUGGCCCCCAUGACCUACAGCACCUCGGCGUCCAUAAUCCCCGCGGCUCGCCUAGCCGGGAGCGUGGCCUUCUCGUCGCCAGGCAACCCGGCUACGCCCCUACAGCAGCCGACGCCCGGUGGCGUCAUGUCUCCCUGCUCGUUCACGGCGGGGAGAACCUUCCAGUACGGAUCACCCACGGCUUCACAGCUGUCCCUGGUGCCACAGCUGUCGGCCGUAACGACACAGCAGCAGCAGGCGUCCCCGCAAAAAAACGAGGCAGUUCAUAGCACCCUCAGCAGGGACGUGCGCCAUCUUUCGGCCUCUCAGCCCUCGUUGCCUCAUGAAACCUCACUAGCCAUUAGGCAACAUCCAUCCUCUGGAGAAUCCUUGGCAUCUAUUCAGCCUGCAGUAAGCCCCUGCCCCUCCCCACAGGCCCCUGGCUCUGCCCCACAGCAGGGUGCCAUUCGUGCCACGGUUCCUCCGAGGGUGGCGCUUUUCCGACAAAUGUCAUCAGGCGCGCUACCACCAGUGCGAGCAGCGCCCUCUUCAGUCCAGCACAGAGAUCCUAUGGGAUCCAGGAGAGAGUCGGCCGUCUUAAACAGCGGCACAGAGACUGAACAAGACAAGAUGCGUUUUGCAUCAAAUUUAUGAUUUAUUUUGUUUAUUUCUUCUUCAGUUAUUUAUUGAUCGAUUUUUUUUAAAUAAUUGAUUUUGCUUCAUUUUUAUGGAGAGAAAAAAAAAUUUUGUUCCUUCCUCAAACUAACCUCGUAGAUUUCCUGUACAGACUCAACCCUUGUAUUAUAUUCUAUUUUAGAAACCAUUCUCCUUCAACGUAAGAAUGUAUAUUAUACAAAUAUAUACAUGUAAAGCUAGAAUAUUGACACUGCCUAUAUGAUAAAGGCAGGACAACACUAGUAUAAAUGCAAGUCUUCCUUUCUGAUAUGUAUAUAUGAUGGACAUGCUGGGGAGUUUUUUUUUUUUCCUUUUUUUUUUUUUUAACUGGAAUGAAACACUAAAGCCGGCAAAAUUGUUCAGUUUUUUUUUUAUCAAUAUUAUUCUUGAUUUUUUUUCUGCGAUGUCCAAAUACGAGUCCAGCAGCUUUUUUAGGCAUCACUGUGGAAAAACUACACACAAAACCGAUACUGGCGAUCCCACAAAAAAAAAAAAAAAUUCUUCCAUUUACAUGGAUAUUAAUGAGGAGGACAGAGAAGACAAGGAGGAAGAAAGAGAAGGUUCUUAAAGCUAACGCUGAGUUUCUCCUCUGAGAAAUAACAGUCCAGUAACUGAGGUGUAGUGUUAAGACCGAGGCAGUGUUACAGAAUCCAAAGGGAAUAAAAAUUGCUGAUUUUUUUUCCUUUAUUUUAUUAAAGUUCUCCUGUUUAUGGAUUAUAAAAAGGCAGUAGGGCUGCAAGUGGAUUAUUUUCUACCCCUGAGGUUUCUGAGACUGAACACGACGAAGCGUCUUGACUGUGUACAUUUCUAAUAUUUAUAAACUAAAGAUUAUCACCAUUAUGCAAUAGACUGUGAUUAUAAAAAUGAAACUAUAUGUGUGUUGUAAAUAGUUUUGUAGAGCUAGUCCUUGCAGAAUUACGUGUGUUGCAUUUCUCAAAAAAACAUGGCAACGUCUUACCAGUCUGAAGCCUGGAUCCCACCUAUAUAUGCAUAUGUAUAACAGUGGCACCCGAUCACCUGAUAUCAUUCUCAUCAGAGAUACGUUGCGAACCUUAAUGCAAACGACAACGCGAUGGUCGAGUCGAUAUGGGAUUUAUACCGAGCUAUAAACGGCUGCGAGAGCAUUUACAGCGAUCUGUAGAGACCGCAGGAGAGCAGAGCGGAGAGAUCAAUGACGGGACAAAAAGCUUUUUUGUAGUCUAAAAGCACACUUAUUUCAGGAGGUUGUCUCUAAAUGGGCCCCGUAUUUAUAGGACAUCGAUAAACGCGAGUGAUAAGAACCUUUAUCGUUACUGUAAUCUGAACGCUGCACUGACUCCGCCUAGUUCUGUUUUAUGUUUACGUCAGUAUUACGCUCGAGCAAUCCGCUUUACUCUGUAUAAUCGCUAUGCAGCAGCUCUUUUCCCUUAUUUUUCACUAUUAGCAAUUCACGCUUUCACAACAUGACUUUUCACGUCUGUAACGCAUCCCGCGACCAACCCCAAGCCCCGAGUUAAUGCAGAGUUACUGUUACCAUGCUGAAGUAAAUUAUAUGUGUGUUAUUCCUAUAAUACAGUAAUUACGUCAAAGCAGCAAUCAAGAGUCUUUUUAUCUGUCAUUAUUUUCACAGUUUUGACGUUAAUAUGACAAAAAAAAAACCUAAAGAAAUUGUCUCACUAAACUGUACCGACACUGCAGACUCCUCCCAUCACUUUACCACAAAACAAAAAACAAAAACGAAAGAAAGAAAUAUUCAGCGAUUAUGUACACACGUGAUUUAAUCCAAACAUCUGGAGCAUAUAGUUUAUACAAAUCCCUAUGUGGGAUGUUGCUAUAGCAACACUAUAUUAAUCACUGCCUACUUACCUGAUCAAAGUAAAAUAAUGACCAGCAAAGUGAUGUAAAAGUGUAAGUGUGUGACUGUGACACAGGUGCAAAUUUAGUUAGUUAGUUAGUUAGUUAGUUAGUUAGUUAGUUAGUUAGUGUAGACUAAUAGACUGGCCCAGGGUUAAUGGUACUUUACUGCCCCUAGUGUUUCAUGCUGGUAUUACUUUACAUAGCUAUAGUUACUGAACAGCCAUCUUCAUACAACAUAGAGAGAAAAGUUUGUGGCCACCUGACCAUCAGAUUGGUAUGUGCUUCUUUUUGAACAUCCCAUUCCUAAUCUAGUUCCCAUCUGCUCUAAUAAUCAGCUCCGCUCUUUAGGGGAGGUGUUACACUGGAUUUUGUAAAGAUUUAAGAUUUAUUCAGUAAAGUAGGUACUGAUGUACAGCAGGUGAGGUGAGGAGGCCUGUGGUGCAGUCAGUGUUCACAUUCAUCCUAAAGGUGUUCAAAAAGGUUUAAAGCUCCAUAGCAGGAGAUCUUCCACUUUAUCCCAUAAAAAACAGAUCUUUGUGGAGUUGCUUUAGUGCACAGGAGCAUUGUCAUGCUAAAACAGGUCUAACUGUCCUAGUUCAAGUGAAGGAAAAAUCUCAUGCUGUAUUCAAAGGUGUCCAAUACAAUUGUGUGCCUCCAAGUUUGUGCUAAGACUUUGGAAAAAAAGCACAUCUGGGUGGAAACAUCAGGCUUCCAAAUACUUUUGACCAUACUGUGUAUGCAUAUAUGCAUAUUCAUAGUUAAAAGUCAUAACCCAGGCUUGAAGCUAAUGUUCUUAAUGAUUUUCCAAAUUAGCAAAGCAGUAACUCGAUAGCUAAUAUCCAGAGUUAUUUAGCUAGUUAGCAUUAGGUUUCAUGCUAACAGCGUUUUAAACACCUCAGCACUUUUAUGCCUCGUGGUAGUCAGCACAAUCCAAUUUUUAGCCCAAAUGGAAGCAGAAACGAUGCAUAACUGGGGCUUACGAUCGGUCAAUUAUUCAUCACAAGCUUCAUAACAAGCACCGCUAACCAAACGUUUUUUUCAUUGCACCAGUCUUUUUAUUUUAGAAGGAGAGAGAGAGAGAGAGAGAGAGAGAGAGAGAGAGAGAGAGAGAGAUUAUCCGAGCAAAUAAAUCCAUCUGGGCCGCAUCAGUGGUGCGCAGAAUGAAAUGCCAGAUUGAAUCUGAUUUGCACUGUACACGGCUUUUUUUUUUUGCUGUUAUUGAGCGAGGAUUUGUUUUUUGUGUCUGUCUGUAAACGGUGGCAAAGACGAAUCAAACUAAAGCUAAUACUGUGUUGCAUUAAGGUUUUGUGUGUGUGUGUGUGUGUGUGUGUGUGUGUGUGUGUGUGUGUGUGUGUGUGUGUGUCCAUUAGGACUCAGGUGUAUUAUGCCGAAUUGUAACCCUUAUAUUCUGUUCACUUUACAUACUCAUACAUAUUUGAAUACUUUUCUGUAGUAACUAUUAGAAGGAAGCAGAUCGCAGUUGAUCCGUCAUUCGUACGGAUCACGACUCACGGAUUAACAUGCACGUGACCUGCGGCUUAAUUGCUCGUUUUUUCAUUUGCGGAAUGAUAGUAAUUUUUUAAUGAUAGCCGAUUUUGCUUUUUAAGUAAUUUCAGAACUACACUGAGUAGUCACGUGUUCACGUGAAAGGGAUUGCAAGCGAAGGAGCAGAACAUCUUGCUUUCUUCUGCUCCUCGCUUUCUAUUUAUUACAAGAAAAAGAAAGCCAUUUAGGUUUGUCUCCUCCCCCUUUUUAUUGCUGAUCUGAAAAAUUACCCAAUCUGUUACUCAAUAACCGUAACGUGAUCCGAACCGUGAGUCUGGCGAGUACGGUGGGUGCUGAAGUGAGAUCAUGUUGUUUCCGGCGAGAAACUCACGUGUGAGGCUCACACGUGAUGAGAAUAGCAGACAAAGUGACACACGUGGUCAGAUCAGCAGCGGUUACGCAGAUCCUGGUGUACACAGGACUCUGUCUUUUGGCACACUGACUUGAAAGUCGGUGCUUCCUGUGACUAUGCGUGCAGCCUUGUGCUGCCAUCUGUUGGCGUGUUACAAAACGAGUCUCAAAGCUUUUUAAAACCAACUCACAAGUAAAUCUUUCCUGGCAUGACUGAGCAAAUGUUUUUCUCGUCUUCAGCAGAAAAGUUUUGUCCGCAUGUCCUCACUAAAAUGAAGAUAAAACACUGAACCAUCUGAUCAGUGAACAGAACAUGAGGGUUAAAUAAGACGGCGGUGAAGCGAAAAAGGAUCCGGACCUCCAGUUAAAAGCCUCAUUACAUCACGCUUCAGACUCACAGAAUGGAAAGAAAAACCAUGGCGUAGUGCAGAAACCGAUUUGCAUUUCCGUAUGCAUCAUCACAAAUACGUCCAGAUAACGUGUAAAACUGUCGACGUUUUGAUUAGACGUGAUCAGGUUUUUUUUUUGUGUCUGCCUGAAAACUAUAUUUGUGUGUAUGUAAAUUGUAUCAGACGGAAUGUUCAGCAAACGCACGUUUUUAAGUAUUUGUGUGCCUGAACUGUAGCCAUAACGUCCCCCUCGUCCUCUCGUGGUUCCUGUCUUGCACAGACGAGUCCUCAGCAGUAUGGCCUGGUGUCCAAGUGACCUUCGAGUCCUGUAAUUACGAGACAUGAAAGGAACAUGGAUAUCUUUAGGAUCAUCAUGAAGUCAUCCUGUUUAUCUCUGAACAAACGUAUACAAUUUUAUUUCAUUCACUGGUAGCGAGUUUGCUGUGUGUGUGUUUAAAUGAUGUGUGAAGCAAAACUGGCCAAAGUAAAGUAACAUUCUUCCACUUGCACUUUAAAAUAACAGAAGAAACGCUCGGGGAUGAAACCGGCAAUACUUGGCGUUUGGUUUGUUCUGAGACGGUUAAUAACGGGGACGUAAGAGGUCACGUCUCGUCAUGGACUUUUUUUUAUCCCAUGCCUUUUAUCUGGUUAUUGUUGUAAUCGUAUCAGUUAAAAAAAAAAAAAUUGUAAACAGUUUUGUUUAUAAAAAAAUGUAAACAAACUACUCAUUUAAAUCACAUGACCCAGUGUAGCUGUAUAAUUUUGGUAGUUUGUUGCUUGUGGGCGUGGCUUGUCUGCUAAUGCUGUUUAGGGGACAUGUCCUGCUAAUAUUAUCUUUGUGGGGGCGUGUCCUGACUGCUACUGGGGUCACUUAUGAUGGCGUGUCCUAACCAUUUCUACGGUCACUUGUGGGGGCGUGCCCUACCCACCUCUACGGGCAUUUGUGGGGGCGUGUCCUGCCUGGUACUGUGGUUAUUUGUGGGGGCGUGUCCUGACUGACUUUGCCGUAACUUUUGUGGGCAUGUCUUGACUGCGACUGUGAUUAUUUAUGGGGGUGUGGCCUGACUGCUACUGCUUUUGCUUUUGUGGGUGUGUCUUGAUUGCUACUGCUGUUGCUUUUGGGGCAUCUCCUAACUGCUAACUGUCACUUGUGGGGGUGUGUACUAACUCCCGCUGCUUCCGCUUUUGUGGGCAUAUCCUGAAUGCUACCGUUGUCGCGUUUUCAGGGAUGUGUCCUGACUGUCACUGCCAUCACUACUGAUGGUGUGGCCUGACUGCUGCUGCUGCAUGUGGGUGUGUACCAUCUACUUCUGCCGUUAAUUGUGGGUGUGGCCUGUUUAGGUUUUUAAAUUCCCUUGAGAAGCUGUAGCAGCUGUACUGUGUGGUGAAGCUCGCUGGUAAAACAGAAAUGAAACGCUUAUCAGAAACGUAACACGUUUAGCACUAGCUAAACUAGCGGCGUGCAUUCACCACAGACACCAAUGAUCUUUUUCCCACUUCCUUUCAUGCCUUAUUUUUCCUUCAGAAUUUGUUUGUUUGAUUCGAACGUGACCAGGAUGUAGCAUAAAAUCAACGUAAUAAACAUUUAAAACCGAAAGUUUAGCGCAAAUUUGUUCUUGUUUCCAUGUUUUUUCAUCACAUUUCGGUUCCUGAUGCAGACCUCGGACUUGGCAUUGCGUUAGCGACGGUUAGCCACAGCUGUUCUAUUGUCAGUGCUUUUUGCCUUUAGAGGAGAAGUGUUUCUGCCAUUUAACCCUUACACACACACACACACACACACACACACACACGUAGAACAAACAAACACCGUUGUUCAGUACUUUGAGAAACCAGCACAGAGAUUCCUGCCGUUUAUUUUCCAUCUUUUUGUCUUUGUGUGUGUGUGUGUGUGUGUGUGUGUGUGUGUGUGUGUGUGUGUGUGUGUGUGUAAGCGUGUAAGGAAAUGAAAACUAAAGAGACAAACAAAAAAGAGGCAGUGCUGCGAACGAACACAGCUACAGAACCACGUGGCUGCUUGUGAGGAUCGUCUCUUCCAUGAUGAAAAAGUGAGGCGAAAGAAAGAAAGAAAAAAGAAAGAAAGGAAAAAAACUCUCAUCUCUUUAUUCUGCUGAUUGUGUGCAUUAAAAAGGACAGAAUAAAUUGUGAAGAGAAAAAAAAGAAAGACAUUGGUUUAUUCGAUGUGGAAAGAAAAAAGAUGAUGACUUUCUUACCACUUUAUGCAGAUAAAAUAAAUUUCCUCUGUUUUUUCUUUUUUGUUUGUAAAUAAUUAAACCUUUAAAAUCUAGAGGGAAAAAAUAAAGGAAUA